AUGGCAGAAUUAUUAAAGUGUGUGUUUUGUGAGAAUUCCGAUGUGAAUUUAAUAUUGUUUACGGAAGAAACGUUGAAAAAGUGUCAAACAAUAUUAAAACAUAGAAAGGAACAUAACCUAAAAUUCAAAAAUAUUGUUUUGCCAGCUGAUUUAUAUGAAAGUGGUUAUCAUAGACAAUGUUACAAAUCGUUCACAGGUUUGAUGAAUAAAUAUUAUUCUUCAAAUGCUACAAGUACAGAAAAAUCUACUCCAAAAGAAAAAUCUACUCCAAAAGAAAAAUCAAUAAAUAUUGCAGAAAAUUCAUCAGCAGCAUGUUCAUCGACAUCUGAAUUAGAUACACAAUGUAUUGAGGUACAAUCAUCUAUUCCACAAAUUUCGAGUCUAUCAACUUCUUCUGUACGUGACACUAUUAUAAUACCUGAGCCAGCUACUAUACCUGAGUUAGUCGAACCAGUUCCAUCCAAUUUACCUGAAAAUAAUUUACAGCUAGAAAACAUUGAUCAA